AUAAGAAUUUUUGCAAGAUUUUUUUUCUAAAGUCUUGGAUUAUGUGUGCUUAAAAGUGCUUUGUGUUUGAAAAUUAUGUGUAUUGAAAUGUUCAUUAAUGGAUAAUCUGUUAUUCCUAAAUACUUCAUCAUAUUCUCGGUGAAAAGUCCGUCCCUAUUACCUGUCUAGACGACGCCUGGGGGUGGGAAAAAAGGGAGCCACACAUCCUUCUGGUCACUUCCCUCGCAGUCGCAAUGAAAAGGGUUUUGGAGCCACCUAUAGCAGCGUCUGGGAUACACUAAAGAAAACACACAAGGAAAAAAAUCUUUUAAGACAUGUCUCCAUUCAACUUCAGUAGACUUCUCCAGCUCUUUUAUGUUAUCCUCAUCAUCAUAAGCGAGAUUGCUGCUGACGAGAGUUUCGAUUAUGAUUUGAUUCUCUCUCCUAGAAACAAUUCUCGGAGUCGCCUACACACCCAUCUGCCUUCCGAAUCUAGGACCAAACGACCCAAAAAAAUCCACAAUCGAGAAGGUGGCAGCCGAUUUUUGACAAGAAGAAAUCAGAAGGCUAGAAAAAAGAAGCUUGACAAAUCUUCUUUUUUAGGUCUCAUGGGAGAUGACUUCAAAGAGCCUUGGAUGACUUACAAAGAACCAAAAAAGCCAAUAAUAUCGAUUCCUCCAGAUGAAAUCCGGAACCUUACUGCUAUCAAAGGUAGUUGGGCGACCACAGAGCUAGAAAGCGAAUUGGCCCGCCUAAACCUCACAGCUGACUUGACGAAGUUCGCUCCAGAACUUUUACCUCAUGAAGCUCUGGUCCGCCAGUAUUUACUAAAAAGAACUUCCUGUCCAGUAGAAUUCACGUGGAAAGAUUUGGGUAACAAAUAUUGGCCAAGAUGGGUGAGGCAAGGAGAAUGCAUAAACCGAGGAGGUGUUUGCUCCUUCCCUCCAGGAAUGAUCUGUGUUCCAGGAGUUUCGACAGUUGUCCAUCUCCUUCACUGGCAAUGCUCAAAACGAAUGGAUAGGACAUCUAGAAGUGCUAUCAAUUAUGAUGAUGGAUAUUAUAUAGAAUAUAAGAGACCUGUAGCGGCAAAACCUAAACCUAACGGCAAAGCUAGAAAGAUAGAUGUGUUUAAACCACCUAAGAUGGAGACUUCUGUUCUCUACAAGAAAAGAGUUCCUCCUCUGCCAUCUGCUAUUCAUCUGCCACGGAAAACAAGACGAUGUGAAUGGAAGAAAGUGCCUUAUCUAAUAACUAUCGAUUGUUUCUGUGCUUGUUAAACUAAAUUAAUUAUUAGGGGCCAAAUAUUUUUGAACUUCCUACAAAUUUCGA